AUGGCCAUCUUCGAUCCGUUUAAACUCCGCCACAAACCACCGUCAAUUUUCCCGACGGCUGUUAAAACAGGUCAUGUUUUUUCAGUAGUCGCUAAGUUCUUUUUCACCAUAUGCAUCUUAAUCUCUGUUGCUAUGAUCUUCUCAUACAUCAUCUUCUCCGGUUGCUCCGAUUACCAAAGUUUUGCCAACCACCGCCGCUUUGGCCGUGACAAUGUACUCUCAACUACCAACUCCUCCUCUUCAAACAUCUUCCGGAAAAAUCAUUCCUCAGAAGCCACCGAUAUCUCCCACAUAUUUUUCGGGAUUGGUGGCUCCAUUCAAACGUGGAGAGAACGUAGCCGCUACACCGAGCUCUGGUGGCGACCAAACAACACCCGCGGAUUCGUAUGGCUUGACGAGGAGCCGCCUCUUAACAUGACGUGGCUCCCCACUUAUCCACCGUACAAAGUCUCGGCGGACACUUCCCGUUUCAAUUACACUUGUUGGUAUGGUACAAGAUCGGCUAUACGAAUGGCGAGAAUAAUCAAAGAGAGUUUUGAGCUAGGGUUAACGAACGUGAGAUGGUUCGUGAUGGGUGAUGACGACACCGUUUUCUUUGUAGACAAUCUUUUAACACUUCUUAGUAAGUACGACCACAAUCAAAUGUAUUACAUUGGAGGAAACUCGGAGAGUGUCGAACAAGACAUUGUUCACUCCUACGCCAUGGCUUACGGUGGCGGAGGGAUUGCAAUUAGCUAUCCAUUGGCUGUCCAGCUUGUAAAGAUACUCGACGGAUGCAUUGAUCGGUACGCAUCGUUAUAUGGAUCUGACCAGAAGCUUGAAGCUUGUAUUAGUGAGAUUGGAGUUCCCGCGACCAAGGAACUAGGGUUUCAUCAGGUUGACUUACGUGGCAACCCGUACGGUUUACUAGCUGCUCAUCCAGUGGCUCCUCUGGUAUCGCUCCACCACCUUGACUACGUUGAUCCAAUUUUCCCCGCAACGACACAAAUCGACGCCCUAAGAAGACUCAUAUCCGCCUACAAAAUGGAUCCAAGUCGGAUCCUCCAGCACAGCUUCUGCCAUGACACAACCCGGAACUGGUCUGUCUCCGUUUCUUGGGGCUAUACUAUUCAGAUUUAUCCGUCUCUAGUCACGGCUAAGGAGCUUGAGACGCCGUUCCUUACGUUCAAGUCGUGGCGGACGUCGAGUUCCGAGCCUUUCACGUUCGAUACCCGACCCAUCAGCGAAGAUCCUUGUGAGAGACCCAUUGUUUAUUUCCUGGACCGGGUUUAUGAAGAAGGGUCGGAUCAGUCUCUCACUACUUAUCGGAAGCAUGUUGAAGUGAGUGACAUGCAAUGUGAAUCUCCCGAGUAUUCUCGCGUGAGUUCAGUCGAUUUCAUCGACAUCUCCGUUGCUAAAUGGAUGCCGGAUCUCUGGAAAAUGGCACCACGUAGGCAAUGUUGUGAAAUUCUCAAUGGCAAAGAAGACUCGGAAUACGUUAUCAAUGUCAAUAUACGGCAUUUUAAUCCUUCCGAAAGUGUGACUCCUCAGUCCUAG